AUUUAUCACGGCGACAUUAAGACAGAAAAUGUUCUUGUCACUUCGUGGAAUUGGAUCUAUUUAUCCGAUUUCGCCGGAUAUAAGCCCACCUAUCUACCAGAGGGUGAGCUGGAGUUUGGGGAAAAAGAUGGAGCCAUAACUCCUGCUAUGGAUAUAUUUUCUCUUGGUUGUGUGAUAGCCGAGGUAUUUUUGGAGGGAGCGCCAAUAUUUUCACUUGCGCAGUUGUUCAAAUAUAGAUCGGGGGAGUAUAACCCAGACGUCUGCCUGAAUAAAAUUGAAGAUCCAGAUAUAAGAGAUUCCAACGCUGCACACAAUGCUAUAGUAAAUACCGAUGCAGAUGAUAAGAUUGAGAGAAUUUACCAUGAAUUUGAUAAAAUUGCUUUCCUCUUGGGAUUUUAUGGAGAAAAUACUGAUGUUGAAAGCGAAGAAAUUGUUGUCAAUCACGGUCCCGGGGAUAAAAUUGGCGAAAGUUCCCGUUCUUUAGGAG